CUCUCGUCUGUGACGGCAGAGCCUAUUGCUUUGACAUGGUCCGGGUCGACAUAUGGUCCCGAUGGACCGUGGCCGGCUGUCGAGAUUGAUAUCGGCUUCAGCACACAACAACCGAUCGCCAUGUAUCCCGGUGCCGAAUUCGCCAGCUACCUGCUCACUAGUGAUUACUGCAACCAAAACAAGAGUCUGCCCUGCUACGGUAGCCAGGCUGGUCUCUACAACUCGGCACAGUCGCAGCUUGAGCAGUCGGGCUCCGAUGCCUUCAUCCAGUAUGCUCCAGGGUCCAACUUCAUGAACGGGGUCAACAUUAUUGGUGGCAAGGCAAAGUCAUGGGUGGACUACUGGAACAUCGGAGAUGUCACCGUUGCCAACGUGUCUAUGGCUCUGGUCAGCAAUGCUUUUGCACAAUAUCCUGGCGGUGACGCGUAUCCCCUUACGGUCGGCUGCAUGGGCUAUGGUGCCCCCGGCACGAUCAACCAGACGUUUUCCAACGAUUUCGGUCCUGCUGUCAAUGCCAGCUUGAUUCCCGGCUACCUCUCAGCCAAAGGUAGCAUCAAGUCCAACUCCUUCGGCAUGCACAUCGGCUCAGUCAACCCGCCAAUCAAGGGUUCAUUCUACUUUGGCGGUUAUGAUCAGAACCGGAUCGUGGGUGAUGUGCUCACGGGCGAGGGCAGCACGCACUCGACCUUGAGUCUCAAGGACAUCUCCAUCGAUGUCCUCGAUGGCCAGUCUCCCUGGAACUUCACAUCUCUUGGUGGGCUCCUUGCGGCUGGCAACAACUCGAUCUCCUCCGGCGGCAUCGAUGUCAAGGUUGACGGAUGCUCCCCUUACUUGACGUUUCCUAAGUCGACGUGCGACGCGCUGGCCAGUCAUCUCCCAGUCAAGUUCAACAAGAAGCUAGGCCUAUACACAUGGAACACAGACGAUGUCAAGUACUCGCAGAUCGUCAGCUCAGCGUCUGCCCUGCGAUUCACCUUCCUCGCCGGCUCGAACACCAAGAACGUCACGAUAUCGGUCCCCUUCAGACAUCUAAACCUGACUCUGCAGCAACCGCUGGUUAGCAGCGACACGCCAUACUUCCCCUGCUUUACCGGAUCCGACUCGUACACUCUAGGCCGCGCCUUUCUCCAGGAUGCAUUCAUAGGCGCUAACUGGGGCAAGGAGACAUGGUGGCUGGCACAAGCCCCAGGUCCCAAUGUGCCGUCAGCCAGCGUUAUUGAGCUUGGCAAGGACGAGAACACGAUCAAGCCCAGCCAGAACGACUGGAAGGAGUCGUGGUCGGGAUCAUGGAAGGCACUCACUACCGACGACGUCAAUUCGGGGCAAUCAGUCAGCCCUGUCAAUGAAGGAAACAAUACCACUCCCGCGAACACGGGUAGCACUGGAUUGUCCACUGGUGCCACGGCUGGUAUGGGCGUCGGCAUAGCGAUCGGCGCGCUGGCCAUCAUCGGCCUUGCGGUUUUCUUCUGGCGCCGCCACAAG